GGUUUCCUGCUGCUCUGAACGAGAACUUGGCCAGAAGCUGACGUCAGGACUUUCAGACGUUGAAAUUUGUUGAAACCAAAAUCAAAGAUCUUCACUGUUAUUCUGACCAAUCAUAAGUCACCUCUGCGUCAUUCUUUAGCUCUUUUGCCAACAAGGGCCUUCAAUGCUUUGACCAGGAGAAAGUAACCCAGCAACGGUUGCAAUUGAGGCCGGUGAUCUGUGUACUCGUCUUUGACUGAAUCUGAACAUGACUCGAGGUCUCUCGUGUGCUGGGAAUCUAAAAACUCUAAAAACUAAAGCAUGAGCUCCUCGCUCUCAGCCUGUCGUCAGUGUUUGCAUGCUGAGUCGUCUGAACUGUUCUUCCAGUCUGAAGAAGCAAAAUCAGUGAUCCUCACCUUCAUCCUAACAUGUCAGUCUCUUCUGUCUCUUUCAGAAAACUAUCCUGUCGUCGGCUCUGACGGGAAGACGGAGUCAGUGGCGAACCUUCAGCCCCAGCCGUCCCUCAGCUCGCUGCACUCCAGCUCUCCGGGUCCCAAACGCUCCGGGAACACUCUGAGGAAAUGGCUCACCAGUCCGGUCCGCCGCCUCAGUCACGGCAGCUCGGUCAAGAAACUCCCCAACAGCAAGCAGAAGAAGAGCGGAUCAGGAAGAGAAGAAAGCAGGAGGAGUAUCGACCUCGGGCAGCCCGACCUCAACCUGCAGGAGGACAUCAUCAGUGAGCGAGUCCUCAGCAAGGAUGGAAACCUCCUCUCCAAGACGGCGCCGGGGAUGCAGAGUGGCGGCGAGGAGGAGCCGGACGAGGAGGCUCACACCCCUCUGCCUCCCCCCAUGGAGAUCAUCAAAGACCCCUCAGCAGCUCAGGAAGACAAGUCUUCGUCCCUGCUAACGUCUCUGCAGUCGUCGUCUGAGGGGCCCAGCGCUGCCGAGCUGGUUAGCGCCAUAGAAAAACUGGUUAAGACUAAGAUGACUCUGGAACCGGGAGCGUACCCCGGCUUCUCCUCGCUCUCUCCACCGGAGCAAACGACCCCGGUCCAGCCACGCAACCCAGAACUGGAGCAGAGAGCCAAAGCUAUGAGAGGACGCAUGUUUGUUUUGAACGAGCUGAUUCAGACGGAGAAGGACUACGUCAAAGACCUCGGCAUCGUGGUCGAGGGCUUCAUGAAGAAGAUCGAAGAGAAGGGCGUCCCUGAUGACAUGAAAGGAAAAGACAAAAUCGUCUUUGGGAACAUUCAUCAGAUCUACGACUGGCACAGAGACUUCUUUGUAGGAGAGCUGGAGAAAUGUCUGGAAGACCACGAGCACCUCCCCGAGCUCUUUAUAAAACAUGAGAGACGGCUGCACAUGUACGUCGUUUACUGUCAGAAUAAACCGAAGUCGGAGUUCAUCGUCGCAGAAUACGACACGUAUUUCGACGGGAUCCAGCAGGACACUCAGUCCAGACUGUCCAUCAGUGACUUCCUCAUCAAACCCAUCCAGAGAAUCACAAAAUACCAGCUGCUACUCAAGGACUUCCUGAAGUUCAGUUUAAAGGCGGGCAUCGACUGUGAACAAAUCGAGAAAGCCGUGGAUUUGAUGUCUCAGGUCCCUAAACUCUGUAACGAUAUGAUGAAUCUGGGUCGGCUGCAGGGAUACGAGGGUAAACUCAUGUGUCAGGGCAAACUGCUGCAGCAGGAAACCUUCUUUGUGACCGAGCAGGACGCCGGCGUCCUGUCGCGCUCCAAGGAGCGACGAGUUUUCCUCUUCGAGCAGAUCGUCAUCUUCAGCGAGCUGCUCAGGAAGGGAUCGUCCACGCCGGGAUACCAGUUCAAGAAGAGCAUCAAGAUUUCCUUCCUGGGUCUGGAGGAGAGCGUGGACAACGACCCGUGUAAGUUCGUGUUGGCUUGUCGCGGCUCGUCGGAGCGUUUCACUCUGCAGGCCGCAAAGGUCGACACCAAACAGGUCUGGGUCCGACACAUCCAGGAAGUCCUGGACGCUCAGAGCAACUUCCUGUCUGCUCUGCAGUCGCCCAUCGAGUACCAGAAGGAAAAGAGCGGAGCGGGCUGCAGCACCUCUCUGACCAGGAACCGCUCGACUUCGGGGAACCGGACGACCGCGGCGUCUCACAGCCGGCCGUCUUCAGCUGUCGGGCUCGGCGAAAAAGAGACGGAGAGGGGGAGGAGUCAGAUGAAGAUGUCUACCUCCAACGGGGGCACAUCGUGUUUCGACAGGGACCGUGAGGGCGGCUGUAACGGCGUCUCCUCCACCAUGAUGGUCACUCAGGACUACUCGGCGCUCAAAGAGAACGAGAUCUGCGUCAGUCAGGGAGAGACUGUGCAGAUCCUGGCCACCAAUCAGCAGAACAUGUACCUCGUUUACCGGCCGGCCAACAGCCAAUCACCCGCCGCUGAGGGCUGGGUGCCGGGACGCAUCUUAGGCCCACCCACAAAGUCCAUAAAAGACUCUUCUUCUGCUACGUCUUUCUCAGCGGCGGUGUCUGAUGCACACAACAUCAAGAAGUCUCUGUCGUGGAAUACGCUGCGUGCCAGGAAGCGCGCUGAAGCCAGGGACUUCUCACUGGGAGUCCGAGGUCAGGAGAACGGCCUCCUCCGUAAGCCCAAAGAAACCACGCCCCCUCCUACCCUCUCCUCCCCCGCCACGCGCGUGAAGGGCAAAGAGGAUCACACGUCAGACGAGUCGGACUGUGACGACGACCUUGACCUAAAAUCGGGCAUGGAGCUUCUCAACCCAAACUUCAUCCAGGAAGUGGCGCCAGAGUUCCUCGUCCCUCUGUCGGAUGUGGUCUGUGCGUUCGGAGAGACGGUGGUUCUCUGCUGUAAAGUCUGUGGACGACCCAAACCCGCCGUCACCCUGAAGGGUCCCGACCAGAACCCGGUGACCAGCAACAGCCGCUUCACCAUCGACAUCAGGGACACGGGCGACAUCCUGUUGAAGAUCUGUAACCUCAUGCCUCAGGAUACAGGCAUCUACACUUGUGUCGCCGUGAACGACCACGGCUCCACCUCCUCCUCCGCCUCCAUCAAAGUGCAAGGUAUCCCAGCAGCCCCUGGGAGGCCGGUGGCUCAGGAGGCGAGCAGCACGGCGGUGAUGAUCCACUGGACGCCACCGGCUUCCUCGGCUCACUGUACAGUCAGCAGCUACACCGUGGAGUACAGACAGGAAGACUCGUUGAUCUGGCAGCAGGUGGCGAGCAGCAGAGAGGAGUGUGUGCAGAUCGACACUCUGAUCCCCGGAGGUCACUACCAGUUCAGAGUCAGAGCGUCCAACCGCUGGGGGGUCGGCCCGCCAUCCGAGGCAUCGAACAUGGUCACGCUGUCCAGCACCAACUCGGGUUACGAUGGAACGGGGAUCCAGUGGAAAGAAAACUUUGAGUCUGCGUUCACUGAGAUCUGUGAAAUCGGGAGGGGGCGCUUCUCUGUGGUGAGAAAAUGUCUCAACAAGUCAACAAAGAAAGAGGUUGCCGUGAAGUUUGUGAGUAAGAAGAUGCAGAAGAAGGAGCAGGUGGCUCAUGAGGCAGACGUCCUCCUACACGUUCAGAAUCACCAGCUGGUGGCGCUGUUGGACACAUACGAGUCCCCCACCUCUCUGAUGCUGAUCCUGGAGCUGCUGGAAGACGGGCGUUUGCUCGAUUACCUCGUCGCCCACGAUGAGCUGAUGGAGGAGAAGGUGGCGUUCUUCAUCAAAGAGACACUGGAGGCGCUGCAGCACCUUCACACCUGCAGAGUGGCACACCUGGAUCUGAAGCCGGAGAACAUCAUGGUCGACCUCCGCACUCCAACCCCGAGCAUCAAGCUCAUCGACCUCGGUGACGCCGUCCAGCUGUCCGCUCACCGCCGUUACGUCCACCUCCUGCUCGGGAACCCGGAGUUCGCCGCCCCCGAGCUCAUCCGCGGGACGCCGGUCUCCGUGGCAACAGACGUGUGGAGCGUCGGCGUGCUGGCCUACGUGACGCUCAGCGGCGUCUCCCCGUUCCUGGACGAAUCCCCGGAGGAAACCUGCGUCAACAUCUGCCGCCUGGACUUCUGUUUCCCCGACGAGUACUUCAGCAACGUGAGUCAGGCGGCGAGGGACUUCGUGUCGUCGGCGCUGCAGCAGGAUCCCAGGAAGAGGCCGAGUGCCACGUCCUGUCUGCAGCACCCGUGGGUGGGUCGGGGCGGUGCCCACGGAGGGGAGUACUCCAAGACGCCGCUGGAUACGACACGUUUGGCCACGUUCAUCGACAGGAGGAAACAGCUGCAUGACGUCCGGCCCAUCACGAACAUCAAAGGGCUAGUGAGCAGCAGCAUGGGGAACACGCUGUGACCACGAGCAGGGGACGCCACGGGCAGGGGACGCCACGGGCAGGGGACGCCACGGGCAGGGGACGCCACGGGCAACAAUAACAAACAUGUUUCAAGCAUUUAUUUAUUAUUUAUUUCUGUGUGAGUGAGACUGAAUCCUUCCUGUGGUGCAGAACGUGAUCUCCUCGCUGCUCUAGGAGGCCACACCCCCCUUAGAGACCAGAUCUAAAUCUGUUUAUUUUAUUUCUAACACGUCGUCUGAUCAGAGUCCACCGGGCGCCAUGUCACAUGUGACGCCCGUCAGCUGCCCUCGACGAGAACCCAAAGAAAGACAAAAAGCAUUUAGAACAAACUCACUGUGAGCAAACGUUAAGGCGACAUAUUUAUUUAUAUUUAUAAUUCUUAUUUUUCCAGCGUCAGGUGACAUGAAGGAGGCGGGGCUUAAUAUGCUAAUCCUCUCUUAUCUUUGAACUCGGAUCUAAAGAAGGUUAAAGUCUCCUUAUUCUGCUGAUCCCUGUCUUAAACUCUCACAUAGUGUUUCAAUGCUGCAUGUUCAAACUAAACGUGGUCAAAGUUUCAGAUCAUGAGGUAAACGUAUGUUGGAGUAAUCCCAGGAUGAGUCUGCAGAGGGCGCUAAACGCCUCGUUCUGUAAAUCACGCCAUAGUUCCCCGAUAUGAAACCAAGAAUUUCAGCAGACGGCUUCAAGCCUCUGAAACCUCUUA